AUGCGAUCGGUAGUUCAAGGAACAUGUGCAAUGUUCCAUCUUCCAUAUUCUGCUACUUUCGUAUUCGUAUUUAUUGUUUUACUUUUAGAUUUUUUGGCUUUGACGACUUAUGCUCAAUUGCAAAAUUACCAAACACCUGAUAGACCUGUUCAUUCAUAUUUCCCCGCUAGCGAUAAUCCUAAAUCUAAUCCAUUGGCGAUUUUUCAAAAUAAUAUUCAGCAUCCGCAUUCUGCUAACAAUCAGCCUUCAAUAUCUGCUAAUGACAUUAAUUUAUUGGAUCAAAAAUCUAAAAUUCAAAAAAAAAAUGAAGCAGGCGAUGAAAUUUCUUUAGCAAAUAGGAUUACAACGAUUUCUGUGCUAAAGAGAAAAAAUGACAGUUCGAAAUUCAUCCCAUACAGCAAAGCUGAUGGUUCUUUAUAUUUAUCAAGGAUAAUGAAGUUUUUGCCAACUGGAAUUGAUAGAAGAAAGCGUUUACCAAAUUUGAGGCAUUCUACGCUUAGAUCACCUGAAUGGAUCGAUGGUAAAAGGUUUUCAACCGGCAGCCAUCGAAAAUUUAUUAGCCAGGAAGAUUAUGAUCGUCGAGUAGGAAAGCACGAAAUUCCAAAAUCAGCAAACUUAUUUAAUAGCAACAAAAUAGCUCGUCUUCAAUAUUAUGGUAAUAAUCCACUGUAUCGUAGUCAUAAAAAAUUGAAACCUGAUAAUUUGAAGUCAAAUAACUUAACAGAAAGCCUUUUCUCACGACCAGUUGAUCAGUUGAAAUCAAGUACCAAUGCGACAAGGUCCUUGACGCAAUCUACUCGUACAAAUUCAACUAAAGGAAAUUCGAGAGAUGAUCCAUUUCAUUUUUAUCCAUCAAAGGCCAAAAAAUUUUCAUCGCCUGAAGACUCGUUUCCAGCUACGAAUAAUGUUAAUAAUACUCUAAAUACUCUAAACAAAUCAUCAAAUUUGCUGCAUGAUGAUAGAAAAAAUGCCAAAUAUUUGCAAAACUCUGUUCGUCCUGCAAAAGUUCUCGGAUUUAUAUCUCGUUACAAUAAUGCAUUUCACGAUGCUGCAUCAUUAGAGAAAUCAUCUAAUCAUGAUAAGGGAGUAAGUUUUUACUUUCAAAAUUUCAAUUUGUUGGAUUUGAAAAGGCUAAUGUUUUCAGUUUCCAGCACAUUCAAAAUUUUCUUUGAUGAAAGCUGA